AUGUUCUCUGAUUCUAAUCUCUCCCCCUUCUUCUCCGAAACGGCGAAAGCCAUGUCCUCUUCCCGCGAGGUGCUCUCGCUGUACCGGGACUUCCUGCGUGUGGGCCGCAAGUUCAGCAACUACAACGUUCGCGAGUUUGUCAAGCGGCGUGCGAGGGAGGGUUUCCGCGAGGGCCAGGCGUUGACAGACCCUGCCACCAUCUCGGCAGCAGUGAAGCAGGCCAAGGACCAACUCGCGGUGGCCAAGCGGCAGUCUGUCGUGUACUCCCUGUUUGCGCAGCCUGUAAAGUCUAUCAUGGAGUUGAAGACGGCGGUGGGGGAUCAAAGCGUCACUGUCGCCAAGGCUUAA